CCCAAGCCCGGAUGCAAAAGGAGGAGGGUUGGUCAGGAGAGACCAUACCUACCGUAAAAGGUCAACGCCGAGUCUCAGGCGGCGGGAAAUAUCCUGACAACACCAUGGCCACCUAGCGCCCAUGAAGCGGUAACCAGUGACCGAGAGGAGUAAAUGACCUCUAAAAGACUGAUCCGGAAGGACGAGGGAACCCACCGUGAUUAUAUUCCCAAGAAAACCACCACAUCAACAAUGAAGACACAAAGUAAAGAGAGCGAUUUGUUGGACAAUCCGACUAACACUCGGCGCCAUUCGGUACCCGGGCUGGAUGGUGUGAAAUAUGCGACCGAAGCUCCGUACGGAGAAGCAGCAAGUGCAUCAAUCACCUCUAAACAUUUUAAAACAUCGAUACGCGAACACCAGCGUAUAGCAGCCUGGAAUGUUAGAGGAUUACUCAAACCAGGAAAGCUAUGCAUCGUGGAAAAAGAAAUGGUUAGCCACAAAAUUAACAUACUGGCUAUAAGCGAGACCCAUUUGCAAGGAUAUGGUCACUACAAGACUUCUAUGGGGAAUACCUUCUAUUUCUCUGGCUCAGAUAAUUCCAGCUCAAAUGGAGUAGGUAUCUUGGUGCCGGAUAGGUUGAAUGGAUAUGUCCUUGGAUAUAACCCAGUAUCAGACCGCAUUGUUACAAUGAAACUAAACACCAAACCGUGCACUUUGAAUAUAGUUUCAAUUUAUGCUCCAACCUCGCAAUCAUCUGAGGAAGAGAUAGAAACGUUCUACGGGAAGCUAGAGGAAACGUUAGACUCAAUUCCGAAUCGAGAAAUAACCAUGAUUCUCGGUGAUUGGAACGCAAAAGUGGGUAACACAACGGCCGAUGAACAUCUACGCGAAACCGUGGGACAUUAUGGACUUGGUUCAAGGAACGAACGCGUAGUCAGAAUUGACGAAAUGAUGUCCCAACCUUUCAAAUUUUGCAAAGGAGUGCGUCAGGGCUGCAUUCUCUCGCCUAUUUUAUUUAACGCAUACGGCGAGUACAUUAUGAGGCAUACCUGCGACCAGUGGGAAGGAGGCGUACGCAUUGGUGGAGUAAAAUUAAAUAACCUCCGAUAUGCAGAUGAUACUACGCUUCUGGCCGCAGAUGAAGCAGAAAUGUGCACAUUGCUGGAGAGAAUGGAACGAGUCAGCAUUAACUUGGGCCUAUCUAUCAACAAAGACAAAACCAAAAUCAUGGUCAUGGAUAGAUCACAUACCUUAGGUUUCACUGGCGCACUCAACCUACAUUUUGUUGAAGAAUUCGUGUACCUCGGAUCCACCAUCACGAAUAAUGGCUCCUGUGAACUGGACGUACGAAGAAGGAUUGGGAUGGCCAAGAGUGCCAUGUCUCAGCUACAUAAAACUUGGAAAGACCGUAACAUCUCGCUGAGAACUAAAAUAAAACUCGUUCGCACACUCGUCUUUUCCAUCCUUCUCUAUGGGGCUGAGACGUGGACCUUAAAAUCUGCAGACCGCAAAAGGAUUGACGCUUUCAAGAUGUGGUGUUGGAGGAAAAUGCUCCGGAUUCCAUGGACUGCAUUUCGGACUAACGCCUCUAUACUUGCCCAACUCAAGGUUAAAAUUAGACUCUCCACCAUAUGCCUCAAGCGUAUUUUAGAGUACUUCGGACACAUUGCCAGGAAAGACGGAGAUAAUCUGGAAAAAUUAGUUAUUACUGGCAAGGUGGAAGGAAAAAGAUCGCGGGGGCGCAGCCCGAUGCGUUGGUCCGACCAGGUCCGCACUACACUCGAGUCCACAGUUUACGAUGCUCUUCGCGUAGCCGGAGAUAGGAAAGAAUGGCAUACCAUCCUAAAGACAAGGAUUAGAGAUGGAGGUGGUCACGACCCUCACACAUGAGGAAUACGACUCACGGAGGAGGAUGACAAUAGACCAACGGAGCGGGGAUGAACCACCCCACCAUGAUGAGUCCGACCGCUCUUA